GUCAAUAUAUCAGGGGCGUUUUGAAACCGACAGGGGCACGUUCUCGGGAUCUUUCUCUGCUUCAUUGCGGACCCGUUAAAGAAUAUUCACUUUUUUCUGGUAUCAUCUUGAUACCGAAAGUCACUACUGCACUGGCUGUCAGUCUAAACUGAUGCUGUCCCAGGCGCUGCAUUCAGAAAUGGGCUGCGAACCUGUCAUGAGGACCAGGUAGUAGAUCGUUAUCACUGCCAGAACGCCGACUUCCAAUUAUUUUGCAGGCAGCAACGUGUCGUCAAACGAUUCUUGUCAUUUGGAAUUUGGAAACUGGAUAGACUUCAGAAAGAAUUAUUUCGAAGAGAUCCCUCCAAAGAUCAUGUUCGAAUACAUGCAACAACCGAUUCACGCAGACCAGAUGACGGGGAGAGGCCCCUUCCUCUCCUCUUAUACGAACUCAAACCGUUCGUCCCAGACAGCUGAAAGACGCUCUUUUCCUGUGGCAUGCUAUGACAGAUGUCAAAUUCACACUCUCGUUGCCAACGCGUGCCUUUUCCUCGUGUAUCAUGGACGGUAAUAGACGCCAAGCACAGAUUUUUAUCCAGGGGUCUAUGCUAAAACACCUAAUCCCUGCCGUACUAUAUAACGGACAGUGUCCCAUUAUAUCCGUCUGCAUUCCCUCCCUACGAAAAAUGUUCAAGGCUGCAGCUGUCCUUGGUUUCACCGUCCUUCCUGCCUUGGCCUCCGGUCCUCUCCCCAGGAAAAUAGUGGCUCGGGAGCUAGUGGCAAGAGAUGACGGUGUCAUCCCAGCUCUCCUGCGCACUCCUUUCCCCAGAUCGUUAGACGGCCUCGUAGUUCGUCAAACCGGUACUUGUGAAACUGGAUACCUCCCUUGCAGUGAUGGAAGCGGCUGUUGCCCAGUCGGCGAAUACUGUGGGACGUGGGGAGGUUUGUUGGGAUGCUGUCCUAACGGUGAGACCUGUGUGGCCAACAAUAACCAGGAAUGCGACUACGUGGGAUACACGCUAUGCUCUGGCGAGGACUUCUGUUGUCCUGCUGGUGAUUUGUGCUACCGUGAUAGCACUGGCUCUCCUGCUUGCAGCGAUCUAUCAAGCGGAGGCACAUCGAGCUUCUUGAUCUCAAGCGCCUUGGGGACUACCUUCGUUUCUGGUACAACUAAGGCUGCGGUUACCAGUACCACAGUCUUGCGCAGCAGCAGUGCUUUAGGAUUCACGACAAACGUCCAGGCCGGCACCACAUCUAGUCCCACCGGUAUCACUCGCAGCGUUGCUACAACGAUCGCUGCGGCUGGAGAUGCGUCCUCGUCCUCGUCCAGCAGCAUCAGUUCUGCGGCGAACAGCCAGACAACGGGUCUUAGUGGACUCGGUCGUAAUGGUGCAGGAAUAAUUGGCGUGUCGUUCAACAUCGUUGCAUUUGCCGUCUGUUCUACGCUUGGUUUCACCAUCUUUAACUAGAUGUAGGAUACCUCUCCCUUAUGACUUUUGCCAUCGCUUUCCUCACCGGACAAAAAGUACUACUCUCCUUUCAAUUGAACGCAAUGUGCCCUUUGUUACUGCAUCCUGAUCAUCAGCAAUAAACGUCUCAAUUGAGG